AUGCCUGCCGCUGUAGGAAUAGCAUGGACCGUGUUUGCAAUCACGGCUCUUUGCUUGUCUUUAUUUAGUAUUGCAUUUACAAAAUAUUACCAAAGUAGAAGGGAUUCCGAGUUAUCAGCCACGGUUGUCACCAUGAUUGCACUUGCAUUGAUAUUUGCGACCGUUGCAUUACUACCCGUCGAUAUAUUUUUGGUUUCAUCCACCGUGGAUUCCCGUACUGGAUUAAAAAAGCUAUGGGCAGAUAAAGAUACCAUCUAUUGGAUGACAUUUACAGUUCAAAUCAUGUAUUACGUCUUUUACGGAUCCAUCGUAGCAUUUAGUUUCUUCGUGAUCCCAUAUGCUUAUUUCUAUUAUGAAGAGUACGAAGAGGAGGGUCAAUCCAAGAGUCAACGCAGAUUAAGCGCACUGAAAUACACCAUCUUUACAGUUUCCAUUGUUGGAUGUUUGUUCUUAUUUGGCUUAUUCCUCAAGCCAAACAUCUUGCCUCCACACAUUGAUUUGGAUUGGUUCAAGUAUUUGCUCACAGAGAGUCAUGGAGCAAAGGCAAUCUGGUUUGUUGUAGGCUGUUUAUUUGUACCCGGCAUGGCUGUUUUCAUUGUCUAUACGGCACCCGGUUUAUCUAUUAUACCAUUUAAUUUAAUUAAAGGCAAGCGUAGAAUUGAUGCAGAACAUGAUGAAAUCAAUCAUCGGUUAGUUGUGGUCCGGGAACAGCAGCGCUUGAUUGAACACAAGUAUGCUGGAUCAGAUCAAGCAUUGUCAGCACAUGAUUACCGUACAUUAGAGAACUUGAACGACGAAGAACGAAUUCUUGUGCGUCGUCUAAGUGGCAUUGAGGAAGAUAAGGGCAAUUUCCUUCAAAAAGUACUGAAGGUGCUUAGACCAUUUCAAGUUUUAAUCGGAUUGAUCAUAUUAGUCUUUGUCGUCUUGAUGGCUGUAUCCAUGUUUAUGACCAUCAUUGACAAAGUAACUUGGUCCGUGUGCGGUAGAAAGUGUGGUUAUAUCAUCAGCCAUCCCAAGCUAUUUAAUCCCAUCAACUUUAUAUUUGUGCAUUUGCAAAAGCUAUUCCCCUUGGACUAUAUCUUUAUGGUGGCCAUCAUCAUCUACUUUUUCCUGGCUACCAUGACAGGCAUCAUUCAUAUUGGCGUGCGAUUCUUUUGGGUCACCUUGUACCGUAUUAAGAGAGGAUCUACUGCUCCACAGGGAUUGCUUUUCUCUGCCAUUCUGCUCACCUUUGGCUUGUUGGCAUUGAACUACUCCAUCACAUCCGUCGUAGCGCCGGGAUAUGCGCAUUAUGGUAGCCAAGUAUAUUGUAACCACACCGAGGGAGGAAGAAGAGAUUGUACGUAUGAGGUAGACAAGAUUGUGCCUUGUGAUAUCUAUGCUCCCACUGAAAUUUGUACUCCAACUGUCUCUGCCACUUUGAUCGACCGCAUCACCUUAAAUACUCCCAUCUUUGGCCUCAUCUUUUAUUAUUCUCAAUGGCUAUUUUUAAUAUCGUUCAUCCUGGGCUUCUUGAUCGCACUAUUCAGAGCCCCUAGCAACAACAGCGAACCAGAGUCUGCUGAUGCAUUGGAUGCUGAGGAGGAAGCUGGUUUGUUAGAUGGACAUCAUCGUUAG